ACGGUGACCCAGAAGCGGAAGUGAACACGCGGGGUUGAAGGAAGGAAUCUCCGCAUCGUGUCUGGAGGCCGCGAGCUAGCUACAGGUUGAUAUUUGUUCCCAGAGCGCGUGGAGCUGUUGGCUAGCUGAAAAUAACUCCAGGUUCUGUCCCGGUUCCGGAGAAGAACGUGUCUGUUUGUCCUGGACCUGAACGUCCCAUCAUGGCCGUCAGAGCCUCCUUCGAGAAGAACAACGAGGUCGGCUGCUUCGCCAAACUCACCAACACCUACUGCCUGGUGGCCAUCGGAGGUUCGGAGAACUUCUACAGCGUGUUUGAAGGGGAGCUGUCAGAAACCAUCCCAGUGGUCCACGCCUCCAUCGCCGGCUGUCGGAUCAUCGGCAGGAUGUGUGUCGGCAAUCGCCACGGCCUCCUAGUUCCCAACAACACGACAGACCAGGAGCUGCAGCACAUCAGGAACUCCCUUCCGGACGCUGUGAGGAUCCAGAGGGUGGAGGAGAGGCUCUCUGCGCUCGGGAACGUCAUCGCCUGCAACGACUACGUGGCUCUGGUUCACCCCGACCUCGACAGGGAAACGGAGGAGAUCCUCGCAGACACCCUGAAGGUGGAGGUUUUCCGUCAGACGGUGGCUGAACAGGUUCUCAUCGGUUCCUACUGUGCCUUCAGUAACCAGGGAGGCCUCGUCCACCCGAAGACGUCCAUCGAAGACCAGGACGAGCUGUCGUCUCUGCUGCAGGUUCCGCUGGUGGCUGGCACAGUAAACCGGGGCAGCGAGGUGAUCGCGGGUGGGAUGGUGGUCAACGACUGGUGCGCGUUCUGUGGACUGGACACGACCAGCACGGAGCUGUCCGUCAUCGAGAGCGUGUUCCGGCUCAGCGAGUCGGCGCAGGCCUCCGCCAUCACCACCAGCAUGAGGGACUCUCUGAUUGACAGCAUGGCGUAGAAGCUGCUGCCCCAGUUUCCUGCCAUGAUGAAGCUCCGCCUCCUGAAGGAGUUGGACCUGCAGCCGUUCCACUUUUCUUAAAUACAUUAACCUGAUCAGAUCAACCAAACGUGGCCGGUGAGACGGCUGGAGCUGCAUUCAGACGGGUGGAGGCGAUCUGUUGAAGCUCCUCAUGAGCCGAGACUCGUUCAGAUGUGUGUGCAGAUUUCUGAGCUGCUGUUAGAAUCUGGAAGGUGUUUGGGUUUCUGAUUAAAGCUCGGUUAGAAAACAGACUGCAGCGUGUCUGUGUGUGCAGAAAUGGUUGUUUUUGUCAUGAGACAAACUGAACAUGUUGAGUAUUUCUAGAAGUAUCUUUCAUCUGUAAAAUAAAACUGACUGCUCCCUUUUUA